AUGAAUCAUUUGAAACAGUGUUUUGGAGUGUUUACUGAUUUUUGUAUAAAGAGGGAUGGGCUUGUAAACAUAAUGAUUCUUUUGUAUUUCCUUGGCUGCCUUGCAAUGAUUACUGAGAGCUGUCAACCUAUAAACGAUGGCUAUGUGCUUAGCAAGUACUUUAUGCCGUGGUGCCCUGGAUGCCAGAAGAUUGAGCCGUUAAUUGAGGAGAUCAGUAACAAGAUGGACAGGCACGAAAUCGACAUAAAGAUACGAAACGUGAAUUGCGACGAAUGCAGCUGCAAGAAUGUCACCAGCUAUCCAACACUUGAGAUGACUAAGGACGGAGAGCUAGUUGGCAGGCUAGAAGGUUUCCAAGACUAUGAUGCAAUAGUUAAUUUCAUUGUUAGCCACGCCGGUGUUGAUAGAAGCGUGCUUGAUGGGCAUGUUGUACUGAACGAGCCUUCUGUUAGAAAGCUGACAAAGAACGAUUUCCUUAGCGGCUUUGACGGCCCACAUGUUGUGCUGUUCUACUCAAGAGAUGAUGACAGGUACCGAGAGAUGUUUGCAGAGCUUGCAAAGGUUUAUGAAAACAGACUUACGUUUGGCGAGAUCAAUAGUGCUGAGUCUGCGGAGUUCAUCAAUAGGUAUGAUGUCAGGUCUUAUCCGUCGAUAUCGGGAAUCUUCAACGGGUUGAUUGUUCCAUUCAUAGAGAGAGAAGGAAUUCCAGAUAUGCCAAGACUGAUUGACUUCUGCGACAAGCUGAUCGAGAAGUCGUUCCAAAACCUGACUGUGGAUGCGUUUAAUCAGGCAGUGUCUACUCUUGAGCAAGGAGAGCCCAUCUAUGUUGUGUUCCACAAGAACCUUGCAUUAGCCACGCAAUACUUCCAGAGCAUGGCACACAUGUAUAAAUUCAAGGCAAGGAUAUACCGGUCGGAUGAUCCUGCUCUGUUCAGCAAGGCAUCGAUAUUCCCAAAGAUGCUUGGCAGCGAGCAAAAUGCAUACACAACCUCUGAUCCUGCAGAUGCAGCAAUUCUUUCUGUGUAUAAGAAUGGAGUUUUCUAUAGAUACACCGACACAUUUGGAGACGAGGCAAAAAUAACCGACUGGAUAUUCCAUACACACUACAAGUACCUGAUGAAGGUGGACAACCAGAACUUCUACUCAAUAUUCCAUGGUCUCAAGCCGGUGAUGAUUCUUGUAACAAGAGGAGAGCAGUUCGCAAACAAAAUGAACGAGUUUAGUGCAGACAGGCACCUGGGUGUUCCGUACACAGACAUGGUGUUUGGAACAAUGGAUAUCGACGACUAUCCUCUUUUCAUUCCAUCGCUUCUGCCAAGGAUUUCGGUUCCCUCGCUGGUUGUGUUUGAGCCAUGGAUGAAUCUGUUCUACCAUAAGAAGGUCAAGCUUACUGAAGAGAACUUUGUGUCUGCGGCGAUGGAUGCAUAUAGCUUGUAUCAGAACAAGAAGCUUCCGAUGUAUCCAAGCAAGAGCAUUAAUUUCCUGAGAUAUGGCAUAUUUGGGCUUGUGAUUGCUGCAAUUGGUGCCUAUUACGCAUCUGUAUCCAGGUCUGGGAAGAGAAUAAAUAAAGCACAUUGA